CCCUCUUUGAAACCCUAUUCUCCAGCCCCUCCUUCUCUUCCCUGGUUCUGUAGCCAUGGAUAUUGACAAUCCGAGGGCUGAGCAACCGACGGCAACCUUACCGGCGAAACCCAACUUUCAACCUCUAAAGGCCCACGAAAUCUCAGACGGCCAUGUCCAGUUUCGCAAAGUUACAGUCCCACAGCAUCGGUACACUCCACUGAAGAAAGUAUGGAUGGAAAUCUACAAUCCAAUCUUCGAGCAGAUGAAGAUUGACAUCCGAAUGAAUCUCAAGAAGCGUCGGGUCGAGCUGAAAACCCGAACCGAUACUCCCGACAUCAGCAACCUACAGAAGUGCGCUGAUUUCGUUCAUGCUUUCAUGCUAGGGUUUGAUGUCUGUGAUGCUGUUGCUUUGCUCCGUUUGGAUGAGUUAUAUGUGGAUUCCUUCGAGAUCAAGGAUGUGAAGACACUAAGAGGUGAGCAUUUGUCUAGGGCUAUUGGUAGAUUGUCUGGGAAAGGAGGAAAGACGAAAUUUGCUAUAGAGAAUGCGACGAAGACUAGGAUAGUAAUUGCAGAUAGCAAAAUACAUAUAUUGGGAUCGUUUUUGAACAUUAAGAUUGCUAGAGAUUCACUUUGUAGUCUCAUUAUGGGGUCUCCUGCUGGUAAGGUUUACUCCAAGCUUAGAGCUGUUACUGCUCGGGCCGAGAUGCUUUAAUUUUGAUUUAUAGGAUAUUUUAAUUAUCAAAUUUUGAUUUUGUUUGAAAUUAUUGGUUCAUAUAAGUAUUGUACUGAUAUGUAUGUGGCAAGUUCUGUUUUUUUCAAUAGAUGAAUACUUUCAGUAUGGGGUGAUUAUAUGUAUACGAUACGAACCGUGUUAGUAUUUGUUUUUUGU